UCCCAGCCAAGAAAAUAACAGGGCAAAAGGUAGGUGUGAGUAUUUUAACUUUUUCUAUUGAUAGAAUAUGCUAUUUGUGUUUUAGAUAUUUCCCUGGAUUUAGGCUUCGAUCGUUCUCUUGGUAAAUUUACACAUUUUGACCAAACAAACACGGAUUAUAAUUAAUAUGGCAAUCCAAGAGAACUCCAGCUGAGUAACAGUACACAUUUACUUCCUCAAUUCUUGACGAUAAUUGGUAUUUAAAUAACCCCUCCCCAUCAUUAUAUACAAGAUAAUGAUUAAAAGGAGAAAAUAUGGAGGUCAAUACAAUGAAAUGGUCGAUCUUUAGAUUUAUGAAAACAAUUACAGUCUAUACAAUACAGAGAAAAUAUGGACCAAGUAUCGCCUGUUUACCUCUACACGAAUAUCGAUGAAACCAUUUUUCAAAAUUAUGUAUUGUGCAAUGUUAGAAAAAUCACGUUAACAUCAAAAGAUCUAGACUUUGGAAAACCGGGCCUUUAAAUUAAUUGGUAUUAUGAAUUCAAAUUUCUCAUUUUCAUGGACGCAAUGGCGUUUAAAUUAAAGACGGUGCAUCGAAGGCACUGAGACGAAUGCUAACGUAGUAAACCACACCUGGUAUUUUAUUUUCGAUUCAACAUGGUGGAGACCAUCAAAAUAAACAGAUAGGGAUAAGGUUUCGUUUAUCUUUGUUCUAUGAACAAUACAAUGAUUUGAACGAGUGGCAAUUCCAUUGUCAGACAAGAACUCCUGCUAUUAUAUCGGAAUUCAUAGGAAGAACUCCGUGCACGGGGAAUAGGACGAUGAAGAAUGGGUUGCGGGGGAAGUAAGGAAGUUGCGGGUGAACAGCCUGCUCCGACGGACAAGCCGGUCACUACCGCCAAUACAGUCGCACAGACGCCAUCAGCAGAACCUGUGGCCAACGGAAUUGUUGUUGCCACAAAUCAUGUCAUCGAAAACGACGACGAGGAAACAGGAUCAGACUGUUUGUUUAUAUCCACAGACCCUGGCGAGGAGACGCUGUCGAUAGCAAAUGAUCCGGAGGAAUAUAAUCACAUUAAACCCUCUUACCAGCCAGAGGAAAAUACCAUUAAAAAGGCAACAAAUGUAAAAUUCUUCGAAGACUGGUUUCCGCAACACUUCACGGAUGAGGACACGGAAUCCAGACCAAGAACGGUAGCCCACAUAGAACUCAAUAUUCCUUCAUCACGCAAGAAACUGACCAUUGCAGACAUCGACAAGAGGGCUAGAGCGACGCCACGACAACACACUUCAAGUUUUAAGAUCCUUAAGGACUACUUGUUGCGCGACCUCGACGGACAGGUGGAUCGAGAACGACUGGCAGUACGGGCCAUCAUUGUUUGGCUCAGCGUACAGGAGGCGGAAAAGUUCGACUCUCAACCAGCCAACGAGGAUUCCCCAGAAGGUUUUCUCUCUCUCCUUGCAAAACAGAGGACAAUGUAUUCAACCUUUUUUACUGUACUCUGCAGGAAAUUUGGUCUUACAUGUGUUAAAAUUCCUGGAGUAUCGAAAGCAGGAGACUAUCAACCUGGUGAUUCUAUCAAAAAAGAAAGUAAUGCUGACAACUGGACUGCUGUAUAUCUCGAGAAUGCCUGGAACAUUGUUCACCCUUUUUGGGUUUGUAGAGGACUUUUUGGACACAAACCUGGCGGAUGGAUAAAGCUAGAAGCUGGAGGUCAAGCGGUUGGUAGAUCGGAGGAAGGUUCAGCAGGAGUUUUAAGAAAUGCUUUUAGGGAGUACUACAUCUUUCCUAACCCCCAAGAGUUUAUUCAUACUUGUCAUCCAGAUGAUUCCAAAUGGCAGAUUUCGAAUAAAGAGAUAAGUCGAAAAGCAUUUGCAAAGAUGCCUUAUUUGUUACCAACGUUUUUCGGUAUGGGUUUAAAAUUAAAAUCAACACAAAGUUGUUCGCUCAAAACUACUGAUGGUGAAUGUUUGAUCGAAAUCCAAGCUCCGUUAAAAAAUGCAAACGAAAUUGACUUAUGGUAUGAACUUUUUCUGAAAGAAGGAACUGGGCAAAGUGAAGACGAGAAACGCAUGUUACUGCGGGAAAACAUUCCAAAAUUAGUGGCUAUGAUCAGAUGUGGGGACUUGUGGACAUUUAAAUUGUCACUGCCAAUAGAGGGAACAUUUAAGCUGUGCUGCUACGGUGGUCCAUAUAAGUCCUCUUUAGCUAGAAUAACUGAAUUCAGAAUUGAUUGCAAACGGCGUAAAAAAGACUGUAAUAUCCUUCCCUUUAAUCCUGGUCGUAUUGGUUUUGGACCUGGACCAGCCGCUGUGGAAUCUGGGUUCUUCGUGCCCUCCCAUGCGGGGGGACUGGUUCCCGUUACCGUCAAUACAGGGAUAGAGAUUUCAUUCAUCGUGGAACGUAUUGUGAUAGAACGAACUACAAUACGUGCAACACUGUACAGGACGAAUAUUGACCAGACAGUGUUAGAAAAUAGUGUAAGUGUGAGAACUGAAGAGGAGACCAAUACUGUUUAUUUUGAAGCCCUAGUAUCUGAGGAAGGAGAAUAUGCUUUAUCAAUCAAUACAGUGAGUCAAUCACAAGCACAAACAACAGGGGCGUCGAAAGGGAAACCCCCUGAACAGGCUCAGACGCAGGAGCAGACGAAAACUGUCUGCAAUUACUUACUGUCCACUUUGGUGAAACCAAAAGAGAAAGCAAACCAAAGAAAUGCCAGAAACGAGUUACAGACCACAGUAGCCAAAGCACCGUCAUCUGGAGAGGGUCUGAGACAUGGAAUAGAAAACAUAGAGAACGGAAUAAAACGAUGCAUAAGACAAAAUAUCCGGGCUGAAGAUAACCAAAUAGUGGCGGCAAAGUCUAAACUAGAGCUCCUUAAAAUAAAAAACGAGGUACGAGAUGCACACCUACGCCGUAACCUGGAUGUGACGAUAAAAACAAUUCACAUGUUGAAGAAAUCUAACUACAGUCGUAUAUGUGAAAAGGAAAUCCAAAACCUUGAAGAAUUUCAAAAAGAACUGGAAAAAUUAAACAAAUUUCCACAAGAACCCCCGACUCUACACUGGGCUAUAGGGGAGCUGGUGAAUGCUCCUGUUGUAGUGGAAGAGGUCACCAACACGGUUAAAGCAUUUCUUAUGCUUCUUGGGCAACCGAACGAGUCAUUGAAGACCUGGAACAAUAUGCUGGAUGUCCUCCGCCCUCCUGCCGACAUUCCUCCCCAUGUCAGCCUCACAAGUCGAAUUAAAGAAAAGGAGAAUUCGAAGGAUGUCUUGGAUAGUGACAGAUUAAGAGAGAUCCAAGAAUGUCUAAGGAAAUAUACCAUUGAUCAAGUUCGAAAUAUUAACGUCGGUGCUGCUGUUAUUUAUGAUUGGGUUAUAACAUACUCGGACGAUACGGAAAGACAAGUGAUGUCAUCUUGAGAUAGAUGACAAACAACGUACGUUACAAGUAGCUGCAUAAACAGAACUUCAAAGGGCAAUAGCCUCAUUCACCUGUAGUAAACUAAUACAUUUCACCCAUAAACCUAUUUAUAUCGUUGCAUGUUUUCUAUUCAAUUUCAAAUUGCUUGGUGUGUUGAAAGUGUCUUCAUAUUUAUAACUUUGAACCAUCUAUAGAAUUCCAUUUCACGAAGCAGAAGUAUUUUACCUCUUAAUUUACUAUAGCUAAGGUUCAUAAGACAUCCACAAUGAGAAUGUCAGAUGCCAACUAGGUUGUUUCCAUUCAAAAUAUCCAUGAGCAAAGUUAGACAGUUGUUUAGUACUUUUGGCAAUGAAUAAUAAUUUGAAAACACUGGGUUCUGUAUAAUAAAAUUUCUUAAGAUAUAUUUUCUUUUCUGAAGUCAUCAUAUAGAGGGAAUUUUAAAAUAAAGUGAAACUCGUCCUCUACAACAUUUAGAUCACAAACAGUACCUACUCAUUCUCUGAGUAUAUUAUUGUCUUCUAACAUCAUCAUAUCAUGCUUUUAAGAUAUAUUUAUUUCCUUGUUUUAUGUUAAUCCAAUACUUAAAUAUUCGAAGUUUGAUUUUGAUCGCUAGAGGAAGUCUACUAAGUUCGCAGUAAACUAAACGAUUACACGUUUUAUUAUUUACACCUUUUUACAAAAAAUAUUAUAUGUAUAUUUUAACAGCUGGGGCUUUUUAAAAUUCUCAUAUUUCUUGUUGAAAGUGUAUGAAAGUGUGAAAUUGUAUAUUAGAAAUGAAAACAGCAGUUUGUUAGGGAAUCAAUUUUUUUUUUAAUUUUCUGCAUGUAGGAUUUGUUUUUGAAAAUAUUUUCAUGAAGGGACAAUAGAAUAAUCCGUAAAAAAUAAAUUAUUCCUACCACCUCUGUCUUCUCGGAACUUCAAAUGACGUCAAUUGAAGGACCCGUGCUUUGGAUUUUGAUCAUGGAAGAUGUCGCUUUGAAACGUGAAAACGUCGUCACCAUCUUCUACAUUUGUUGUUGAACGGAAAGAGGCGACGGAGUUUGAACAGUUUAAAUAUCAGUAUCUUGUAUCAGUGUCUUUAUUUAAUGUUUUUGUUGUUGAAAAUAAUCAAUUACACUUGUUUCCACAGUAACAUUUCAGAUAAACCCAUUCAUUGAAGCGGAGUUUGCACGGUAUACAUACAAGUGUUGCAUGUUGUGAAACCUGAAUACAUGUCUAUAGUAUAGGUAUAAAUGAACGAAGCGGAACAAGGGGACUCGUGCACUGAUUUCAGUUGUAUUACAUGUAAUGAAUGAAUAACUGUCUACGUUGUUUAUACAUGUGUUAUAGGGGUAUAUAAACAAUGGAACCAUACAGUACUUUAAUUUGUAGACACGGCAAAUGGGGAAAUUACAUCAUUUCUCUUGUAUUUGAAUCCCCCAUCAUACGACUAUUCAUUCCUUAUAUCAAUAGUUUGAAAUACAUGUAUGUAUGUUCACAGGUCGAUGCUAUAUUGAGAAAUAAAUUACACCAAUAAAUCAUACUGUUGAU